AUGUACUGUUUACGAUUACUACUUUUAUCUUUAUUUCUAUUUUUAACGUCUGCAACGGCCGACGAUCUAGAUGAAAGUGUAUUGAAUGAUGUUCAUAGGAUUCUACAAAAACGGAGUAUUCUGGAUAACGUAGCAUUGGAUGGUCCUAGAGCGCAAUGCCGUAACGGAGGGAUUUAUGCGGGAGGAAUAUGUCAUUGUAUCAAGGGGCAAACCGGAGAUCACUGUGAACAUUUCGAGUGUGUGAAAGGACUCUCCGUCGGAUUUCGUUUCGACCCGGAGAGUCUUUUAUUCAAUGAACCAUGUAUCUGUGAAUCAGGAUGGAAAGGAGAGAUGUGUGAUUACCAACCAGCCGAAAAGUGCGGAAACAAAGGAGAAUGGAAGAAAGAUCGUUGCGAGUGUGUUGGUUCCUACUUUGGAAGUGAAUGUCAGUAUACAAGUAGAUGUAUCGAAGGAUUCUUGAGAAAUGGAAGAUGUAUUUGUAAUGAUGGAUUCGAGGGAGACUAUUGUGAUAAGAUCAUUUGCGUUUAUGGGUCUCCAGAUUUCAAAAACCGGACACUAGCUUGCAAUUGUCCUGAUAAAUUUGCUGGGAGAAGAUGUGAACAAUGCAAGAAACAUGGACCUCUUAUCGAACCGUUUCCCCAUUGUGAACUAGAUCCGAGUAAGAAAAAACACAUUGAGAAAGCUGCGGAACAUCGAGCAAAAGUUAAAAAAGGAAUUCGUAGACGUAUUCAAAUUAUUUGUAUUUGUGUCGUCGCACUUUCAGUGGUUGCAAUUUUUGUGUGUGUGGGAAGAUGCAUGCACAAAAAUGCUAUAACAGCGAAAAAUCUCCGAAAUAGAGAAGACACCGCAGAACGUCAUCGACUUCUUACAAAUCAUGUCAGACUUCAAAAGUUUGAAGAAACAGUAGCUCAAGAGACGACUGAUGAUAAUGAAGCAGCUAGAAUCGAGGAACGGAAUAGGCGGAAAAGUGAACCAGCUGUGCUCAAAUUGAACGUCAAAAAAGAAAAGAUCAAAUUGGAAACCAAGUCCCCCGUAGUACGAAAAGAUACAAAAUAA